AUGGACCAGCCCAUGGAUGCAGAAGAGGAUGAAUGGGAAUAUGAGUACCAUGAGUCGGAAACAGAGUCUUUCUACCUAAACCUGGACCUCUCCUCCAUCCACGGGCCCAUGCGCCCUCCCCGCCGACGACAGCAGCAAGAGGGCAUCACCAGCCCCCAUCAGGAGGAAGAUCUCCCCGCCACAGGCGACCCCCAUGAAGCAUCCGCAGCCAGUGAAGCCUUCACGCCCCUCGAAAGUACCGAGCCAGAGACCCUAUCCAGCGAGCGAAUCCAGAUUCUCGGCCUCCACACGUGCAAUCCUAUCGUCUCAUACUACAACCAAAUUUUCAGCUGCUCCUGGGCCGACCAGAUCGGCACCGAGCUCAUCUUCUCCCACCCCGACACCCAUCCGGACACAGACACAGACACAGACCACCCCGACACCCACCCACUCCUGCAGGGCCCGUCCUUCGAGCUGCUCGCCGCCAACAGCGUGAAGCUUCUCGGCCGCAAGGCAAAUAUCACGUCCAGUUCAGGGUCCGGGUUGGCCGACCCAACCACAAGCACUAGCGCGGUCACUCCCGUCCCGACAGACAACACCCUAUCUUCUCAGCCGGGAGCAGCAAGCGUGCCCCGCCGCGCCGCACAGCCCUCGCAUCAGUCGCACUUCCUGGCGCGCCUGCAAAGUAUCAAGGCCGCCAAGGGUGAGACGGAUACCGUGCGGACGACGUUCAGCAUGCGGCGCAAUGUGAAUGUCGCUGAGCGGCUGGGCGCGUGGGCGCGCACGGAGGCCCAGCUCGCAGAAAUCCAUGCGCUCACCCAGCGCGCGAACAAGGGCGACCCCGAGGCAAUUGCGGCGCUGGAGCAGAUGAUGCGCGACUUUGCGCAGCAGGAGUCACUUGUGGACCCGCAGUUGUUGUCUUGA